AUGGCAAGGCACGGGUCUCUUCCCACCGUCCUGCUGUACGACACCCGGGGACUUCGGCUGUUCGAGGAGAUCACGUACCUGGACGAGUACUACCUGACGAAUGCCGAGAUUGAGGUCUUGACGGCUCAUGCGAGGACGAUCGCCGAGAGAAUGCCGGAUAAUGCGCAGCUGAUUGAGCUGGGUAGUGGGAACCUGCGUAAGAUCGAGAUCCUGCUCAAGGAAUUUGAGAGGAUCCGGAAAGAGGUGGACUACUAUGCCCUCGACCUCUCGCUGGAGGAACUGAACCGCACGUUUGCAGCCAUCUCCCCCCAGACGUACCAGCACGUCCGUUUCCAUGGCCUCCAUGGCACGUACGACGAUGCUCUGAGCUGGCUGCAGAACCCGGACAAUAGAAAACAGCCCACGUGUGUCCUGUCGAUGGGUUCUUCGCUUGGGAACUUCCGCCGUCCCGAGGCGGCGGAAUUCCUGGGCCGAUUUGCUAGACUCCUAGGCUCAUCGGACUCGGUCAUCGUCGGUCUGGAUGCGUGUAAAGACAGAGACAAAGUCUACCGCGCUUACAACGAUUCAAAGGGUGUUACGUCCCGGUUCUACCUGAACGGGCUGUCCCACGCCAAUGCCGUCCUGGGCUACGAGGCCUUCAAGCCGGGGCAGUGGGAAGUCGUUUGCUCCUUCGACGAGGCCAAUGGCUGCCACCAAGCAUUUUAUGUCCCCACCCAGGACGUCACUAUCAAUGGCAUCAGCCUGCGUAAGGGCGAGAAGAUCCUCUUUGAAGAAGCGUUUAAGUAUGAUCUGCAUGAGCGCGAGAGAUUGUGGCGUGAUGCGGGGCUGGUCCCUGCCGCUUCGUUCGGGAACAGUUCUAACGAUUAUCAUAUCCAUAUGCUUUCGCCGGCCUCCUUUUCCUUGCCCACUGACCCUCGAGAGUAUGUCGCUCAUAGUGUUCCGACUCUGCAGGAGUGGAGAUCCCUGUGGACGGCUUGGGACAUAGUGACCAAGUCUAUGACCCCGCAGGAAGAGCUGCUAUCGAAGCCUAUCAAGCUCCGGAAUGCGUUGAUUUUCUACCUGGGACAUAUACCCACUUUUCUCGAUAUCCACCUGACCCGGGGAACGCGUGGGAAACCGACCGAACCUAAAAGUUACCAGCUCAUCUUUGAGCGAGGGAUCGAUCCAGAUGUCGACAAUCCCGAGCAGUGCCACGCCCACAGUGAAAUACCCGACGAAUGGCCGCCACUGGGCGAGAUCCUGGACUACCAGGAGAGAGUGCGAAGCCGAGUGCAGUCCAUCAUGAAGACGGAGACGGACGGGCUGCAAAAGAAUAAUCGACUUCUUGGGGAAGCCCUUUGGGUCGGCUUCGAGCACGAGGCCAUGCAUCUAGAGACCUUCCUCUACAUGCUGCUGCAGAGCGACAGGACCCUUCCUCCUCCUGGAGUCAGCACGCCAGACUUUGAAGGGAUGGCACGCGAGGCUCGGAAAAAUGCAAAGCCCAAUAAAUGGUUCUCGAUCCCCCAGCAGACGUUCACGAUCGGAUUGCACGACGUGGACCACAGUAAGGUACCAGAGCAGUCGUUUGGCUGGGAUAAUGAGAAGCCGCAGAGAGUGGUCACCGUGCCGGCUUUCGAGGCCCAGGGCCGGCCGAUCACGAACGGCGAGUAUGCAAAGUACCUAGAGGUCAACCAGAUCCGUGACAUCCCAGCAUCGUGGAUGGUUAGUGCGCCUGACGGCCACGGCGCUGCCAAUGGAAAUCAUCAUCAUCAUCAUGUAAACGGGGAAUCGCAUGCCAGUGACGAUUUCAUCUCCAAGUUCUCCGUGCGUACUGUAUUCGGCCCCGUGCCUCUGGUGUGGGCUCUUGACUGGCCCGUGAUAGCGUCGUACGACGAACUGGCGGGGUACGCGAGAUGGAUGAAUUGCCGACUGCCCACGUUCGAGGAGGUGAAGAGCAUCUAUAAAUACUCGCAAUCCAUGAAGGCAGCCAGCAAAGAGAAUGGCGUGCUUCACGUGACAAAUGGCGGUAUGAAAAGCAACGGAACAAAUGGUCAUACUCAUACAGACGACGUGGGCGAGUCCUACCAUGAACGAAACCCGCCUAAGUCCCGAGCCCCAGACCACCAGCCUGUGCAGCCCUCCUCCUCCUCCACGGAUAGGAUGCCGGUGUUUAUAGAUCUCGACGGCUGCAAUGUCGGAUUCAAACACUGGCACCCUAUCCCCGUCACCCCGGAGGGCGACAAGCUCGCCGGGCAGGGCGAACUGGGAGGCGUGUGGGAAUGGACCAGCUCGCCGCUGACGCCGCAUGAGGGGUUUGAGGCAAUGGAGAUUUAUCCGGGGUAUACUGCGGACUUUUUCGAUGGAAAGCACUACAUCGUCCUUGGCGGUUCGUGGGCUACUCACCCUCGAAUCGCUGGCCGCACGACAUUCACAACUAUCCCUAUGCUUGGGCAGGAGCGCGUCUGGUGCGGGAUGUCUGAUCUGAUGAACCAGUCAAUAAGGACAUCUACUGUGCUCACGCGAUACGCCGUCUAG